AUCCCUGUAGAAGGAAUUUCAGAUAAUUAAAAUCUUAAAAUAUCAUUGCCAUCAUUAGAGUAGACUGCAAUUUGGAAAUCUCUUUUCAAUAUGGACAGUUCAGGAUAUAAUCGUUAUGAACUAUUGUCUUCGUAUGAUGAGGAUGUCUCGUCAGAUCUCUCAAUAAAAACUAAUGCCGGCAUUAGCAAUAAGAAACAGAAAGUUUUAAAAAAACUAGAUACAACUAAUCAGGAAAAGGAAAAUAAUCCAAUGACUGGAAAAAAUAAUACUCUUGCCAAAAGAGAAAAAAUCGUUAAAGGAAUCGUAGGAAAUCUUACAGCAAAUGAAAAUAAAGGACCAAGUUUUGCUAAGAACUCUGUGGACAUUCGUUCGAAUGAAAGAAAUCGUAUUGUUGGAGCAGAGUUUGGCAAUGAUUUUCCCCAACGUCAAUUCAAGGAUCGUGACAAUAGGGGUCCACAACGUUUCCGUACCGGAGAAAAAUAUGGAAAGCGUGAAUUUGAUCGUCAGUCGGGAUCCGAUAAAACCGGUAUAAAGUCGGUGGAUAAGCGCGAUGGCGCUGGUGCUCAUAAUUGGGGCUCUCCAAAACAAGACAUUGAGGAUAAUAAAACGGGCGACUUUCCACUGCUUGAAGACAAAGAAGAUUCGGGCACUGAACAAUUGCCAGACCCUGUGAAAACUCUGGAGGAGGAUGAGUCAAAGCAAAUGACUCUUGAUGAAUGGAAAGCUUUAAGAGACAAACGUGUCAAGCCCAACUUUAAUUUGCGAAAAGCUGGGGAAGGCGCUGAUAACUCUGAAUGGAAAAAGAUGACUAUUUUAAGCAAGAAAAAGGAAAUAAACAGUGAAGAUAAUUUUGAAUACGACCCAUCGAUGUAUCCUCAACGUGUCGGCCGUCUUCAGCACGUUGUCGAUAUUCAAUAUAAUUUUAAUGAUGCUCGCAAAGUGGGCUUCCGUAAGGAAUUCCGUGGCCCACAACGCGGAGCCUCUCGACCUAUCUCCUCUUCUAGUAACGAAAGGUUUGGAACAAAUAAAGUAGGAGAAAAACGUCGUUCUGGUCCAAAACCUUUAAAAGUUGACGAUGAGAUUCAAUUUCCUAAUCUGUCUUAAAAUAAUUCCCGAGAAGAGAAAUUUUCAACAAUGACCCAAAAAAAAAACAAUUGGGCUACUCCGGUUAAUGAAUAACCUUCAGGCGAUAUCUUUGAACUUUUUAUACCCGACAUUCAGCCACGCUUAUUUGUAUUCUUUAGUUUUAACGAAAUAUUUUUAUAAUUUCAAUUUUUUAUUUAUUCAUUUAAAUCAACUAUUGAGAAUAGUUCAACAUUUUGGAAUAAAUUUAGUUGAUCUAUAUAAGAAAAGAGCACUUACUUGUUAUAUUUUUUAUUACAAUUUAUUACCGAGUUUAU